AUGGUUCGCAAUAACAAAUCUCAAAAUGAGUCUGACCUUAAUAGUAAUAUAGCAGAAAGUAGUUCGGCUGCUACACAAAGGCAAAAUGCUGAUAAACCGCUCCGGACUUACAAACGGUCCCCGUUACCUAGUAUAAAUAAAGUGUUUGAAUCAGUACCUAUAUUAGAUAAGAA